UAUAUAUAUAUAUAUAUAAUAGGUAGGCAUGGCGAGGUCUGGAAUGUUAAAGGUUGUAUUCAUAAUAAUGGUGGUGGUAGUGGGUGUGGAUGCAGGGAUAUCGUGUGGGCAGGUGACAAGCCAACUGGCUCCCUGCAUCACCUACUUGGUGAGGGGAGGGGCUGUGUCUCCUUUGUGUUGCAGAGGUGUGAGGGGACUUAGCGCUUCGGCGCGCACCACGCGGGAUCGUAGGACUGCUUGCGGAUGCAUCAAGUCCGCCUCUGCCGGCAUACGAGGUCUUAAGCUUGCUCUCGCUGCCUCUCUCCCCGGCAGAUGUAGGGUCCGCAUUCCUUACAAGAUCAGUCCCUCCACCGACUGCUCCAGGGUGAGAUAAGCUCGCAUCUAGCUCCAAGGAAUUUGGACUCCAAAACUCUAUGGGCGUAGUGGGUGUUAUGCAGGAUGCAUGGCUGAUAAUUAAUAAUAAUGUGGAGAUGUACGCAAUCUACAAUCUAUAUAGCUAUCUAUCUAGUAUUAAUUAGUUACAAAGUACCUACUCUUGCGUCACUUAAUUUGUUCUGUUUUAUGUUCUUGCUUCCAUUAAAGCCUUGGGUCAUGUAACAUGACACGGCCUCGAUCGGUACAAUUAAUGCCUAAUGCCUUGUCAAGUAAUCAAAUACCGUGGAGUUAGUAAAUAAAUUAUAUA